AUGACAAUUGGAGAGAUCAUUUUGGGUUCCUUUAUGGGUUCCUUCUUUCAGGUCCUAUUCGGCAAGUUGACUUCUCUCACAUUAGUCUAUGCACAACAUGAAGGAACUAGCACUGCUCUCCUCAAGGAGUGGAAUGAGAUGCUAGGCAUAAUCAAUGCAGUGAUGACUGAUGCAGAAGACAAGCAACACAGUGUUAACCCUCUAGUGAAGCUGUGGCUAGAUGAUGUUAGGGACUUGGCCUAUGAUAUGGAAGACUUGAUUGAUGAGUUAGCGAUCAAAGUCACUCAGGUUAAGUUGGAGGCAGAAUCCAACACAAGCAAAGGUCUGGAAAAAUGGAAGUUCUCUUUCUUUGGCCGAGAUAAAUCCUUCGGAUCGAAUCCAAACCUGGGCUCGCUCAUGUCUGAAACCAAGGUACAAGAGAUUAGUGGCAGGUUGAAAGUGAUUGUCACUAGGAAGGCUCAUCUAAGCUUAAGAGAGAAUGUUGUGGACAGAUCCAACUACACAAACAAAAAAGACCUAACCACUUCUUUGCCAGAGCCUCAGUUUUAUGGUAGAGAGAAGGAAGAAGCACAAAUACUCAAACUAUUGAUCAGUGAAGUUGAAAAUUCCGAUGCCAUGUUGAGCAUAAUCCCCAUAGUUGGGAUGGGUGGUGUUGGAAAAACGGCCUUGGCUCAACAGUUGUAUAAUGAUGUCAGAGUAUAUAGCUAUUUUGAGAAGAGAGUGUGGGUUUGUGUGUCAAAUGUUUUUGAUGUUCUUCACAUAACAAAGACUAUUUUGCAGUCAAUCACUGGGUUGUCAUGCCAGGGUGAAGAUCUUAACGGGCUUCAAGUUAAGUUGAAGGGCAAACUAUCUGGGAAGAAGUUUCUUGUGGUUUUAGAUGAUAUAUGGAAUGAGAAAUAUGAAAAAUGGACUGCCCUUUUAAAGCCAUUUGAAGCAGGGGCUAAGGGGAGUAAGAUCAUCAUCACAACUCGCAACCUUUCUGUUGUUUCCAUAACUAGAGCAUCACCCUAUCAUUUGAAGGAAUUGUCCCUUGAUAAUUGUACAAGCUUAUUAGCCUUUCAUGCACUUGGAGCAACAAAUUUUGAGAGCCAUCCGGAUUUUAAAACAAUAGGUAAGAAAAUAGCUGAAAGAUGUAAAGGUUUACCUUUGGCGGCGAAGAUGCUAGGCGGUGCCCUACGUAAUAAAAGGAAUCCCAAUGAAUGGGAAGAUACCUUAAAUAACAGAAUAUGGGAUCUUCCGAUGGCAGAGAAUGAUGAGGUUCUCCCUAUCUUGAACUUGAGUUAUGUCCAUCUUCCUUGCCAUUUGAAGAGAUGUUUUGCUUAUUGUGCAGUAUUUCCCAAGGAUUACGAAAUUGAGAGAGAUGAGCUGGUACUCUUAUGGAUAGCCGAGGGCUUUUUAGAUAGACAAAAAGUAAAGGGGAAUAAUUUCAGAUUAGGACGAAAUUACUUUGAUGAGUUAGUAUCCAGAUCAUUUCUUCAACAAUCAAGUGUUGACAAAUCUAAGUUUUCAAUGCAUGAUCUUUUGAAUGAUUUAGCAAAGUCAAUUGCAGGAAGUGCAUACUUUAGCUCUGGGGAGUCUCACUUGGUAGCUAAUGAAGAAGAUACAUCUCUUGGGAAAAUUCGUUAUGCAUCAUUCAUCUCAUCGCAUUUUGCUACAUCAAAAUGCUUAAGAGAAUAUCACCGAAUGAAGGUACUAAGAACUUUAAUGCUAUUGCAUAAUGGAUUUAGAGGGGACACUUUCUCUAUUUCCAACAAGGUGCUACAUGACUUGCUAACGGAAUUGAAGUACUUGAGGGUGCUCUCAAUAUGUCAUUGUGACAUCGUAGAGUUACCGAAUUGCAUUGGUGAUCUAAAACAUCUUAGAUAUCUCAAUUUCUCGUACACUGAUAUCAAAAGGCUACCUGAAUCAAUUGUCAGCUUGUGCAAAUUACAAGUUUUGAUCUUAAGAGGUUGUCAAAAACUUUCAAAGUUGCCUCAAGGCAUCACAAAAUUGGUCGGUUUACAGUUUCUUGAUGUUAGAGAUAUGAGGAGUCUUAAAGAGAUGCCGUUGGGUAUCGGAUCUGGUGAUCUAUGGUUAAAAGUUGCUGCAUUCGGAGCUUUCCAGUUACUUCAGGUGAUGGCAAUCAUUCUUAAGAGUUAUCAGCCUGCACUAAUCAUUUGA